CCUGCGCGCGGGCGGGGCGGGCGGCCUCGGCAUGGGGGAGCCCGAGCCGGAGCCGGAGCAGAUCCGCCUCAAGUGUAUCCGGCAGGACGGCUUCUUCACGGUGCCUGCGGAGCACAGGCUGGGGCGGUGCCGGAGUGUGAAGGAGUUUGAGAAGCUGAACCGCAUCGGUGAGGGCACCUAUGGCAUCGUGUAUCGGGCCCGGGACACGCAGACGGACGAGAUUGUCGCCCUGAAGAAAGUGCGCAUGGACACGGAGAAGGAUGGGGUGCCCAUCAGCAGCCUGCGUGAGAUCACGCUGCUCCUGCGCCUGCGCCACCCCAACAUCGUGGAGCUGAAGGACGUGGUCGUGGGGAACCAUCUGGAAAGCAUCUUCCUGGUGAUGGGUUACUGUGAGCAGGACCUGGCCAGCCUUCUGGAGAACAUGCCAACGCCCUUCUCGGAGGCCCAGGUGAAGUGCAUCGUGCUACAGGUGCUGCGGGGCCUCCAGUACCUGCACCGGAACUUCAUCAUCCACAGGGACCUGAAGGUCUCCAACUUGCUCCUGACCGACAAGGGCUGUGUGAAGACAGCGGAUUUUGGCCUGGCCCGGGCAUAUGGCGUCCCUUUGAAGCCCAUGACCCCCAAGGUGGUCACUCUCUGGUACCGGGCUCCCGAGCUGCUGCUGGGCACCACCACGCAGACUACCAGCAUCGAUAUGUGGGCCCUGGGCUGCAUCCUGGCCGAGCUGCUGGCCCAUAAGCCCCUCCUGCCCGGCACGUCCGAGAUCCACCAGGUGGACCUAAUUGUGCAGCUGCUGGGGACGCCCAGUGAGAACAUCUGGCCGGGCUUCUCUGCGCUGCCGCUGGCGGGCCAGUACAGCCUGAGGAAGCAGCCCUACAACAACCUGAAGCACAAGUUCCCGUGGCUCUCGGAGGCCGGCCUGCGCCUGCUGAACUUCCUCUUCAUGUACGACCCCAAGAAGAGGGCGACGGCUGGGGAUGGCCUGGAGAGCUCCUACUUCAAGGAGAAGCCCCUGCCUUGCGAGCCAGAGCUCAUGCCCACCUUCCCCCACCACCGGAACAAGCGGGCGGCCCCCGCCUUGGCCUCCGGCGGCGGCGAAACCCAGGCCAAGCGCAGCAAGCCCUGAGCCCAGUGUGGCUCCCAAAGAUGGACACCAGUGGCGGAGCUCCGCCCUCCUCUAGGAAGGACCCAUGACCUCAGGACACAGGGUGUGACCACAGGGCUGUUCCUAGCGGGGCCAGGGCCCCCCACUGCCCCACCCUGGGUGGCCACGUGGGUCCAUCCCCGUGGGCGUUGCUGACUUGGGCCUAGCAGACUCUGCAUGGCCACUUGCAUGCCGAUGUGGGCCCUGGGUCCACCCAGGUUAGGGCUGGCGGGACUCCAGAGCGAGUGACCUGGGCUGGAGGGGGAGCCGUGGGUCUGCCCCAGGGGCCCGGGGGAGGGGAGCACCGUGGAGAUAAAGACGUUGCUGACACGUGCGAGUCCAGUGUCCUUUAAUAGGUGCUCACGUGUAAGUGGUAU